UUGUUGUUGAUGGAGUUUCUCUCUCUCUCUCUCUCCAGGACAGGUUAUAUUUUGUGAUGGAGUAUAUCAACGGAGGAGACCUCAUGUAUCAGAUCCAGCAGGUCGGCAAGUUCAAGGAACCCCACGCUGUUUUCUAUGCUGCAGAGAUCUCCAUCGGCCUCCUCUUCCUCCAUUCCAAAGGCAUCGUUUACCGGGAUCUGAAGCUGGACAACGUCAUGCUGGAUGCAGAAGGCCACAUUAAGAUCGCGGACUUUGGGAUGUGCAAAGAGAACAUGUUAGACGGUGUCACCACCAAGACCUUCUGUGGGACCCCAGACUACAUCGCUCCUGAGAUCAUAGCGUACCAGCCCUAUGGGAAGUCUGUGGACUGGUGGGCCUUUGGAGUUCUGCUCUACGAGAUGCUGGCUGGACAGCCUCCGUUCGAUGGUGAGGACGAGGAUGAGUUGUUUCAGUCCAUCAUGGAGCAUCACGUCUCCUACCCCAAGUCCAUGUCCAAGGAGGCUGUCGCCAUCUGCAAAGGGUUGAUGACUAAGCACCCAGGGAAGCGUCUGGGCUGUGGUCCGGAGGGGGAGAGGGAUAUAAAGGAGCACGCUUUCUUCCGCUACAUGGACUGGGACAAACUGGAGAACAAGGAAGUCCAGCCGCCCUUCAAACCCAAAGCUUGCGGUCGCGAGGCAGAGAACUUUGAUCGUUUCUUUACACGCCACCCCCCCAUCCUGACCCCCCCCGACCAGGAGGUCAUCAUGAACCUGGACCAGGAAGAGUUCCAGGGAUUCUCAUUCGUUAACCCAGAGUACCCCGACAUGGACUGACCCAUCACAGCGCUGCAUUAGCUCCGUGAUCCUGCCUCUCUUCCAGAUCUCAUAUCAUUUCGUCACCAGGAUAUAGUUUAGGACCAAAGGGGUGUAUCCCAGUUGUCUCUCCUCCCUCUUGAGCGUGCACUUGUUCACUACUCCUGAGUGGCGCGGCCGUCUAGUGGCAUCUCAGUGCACGAAGCGUCACUACAGUGCCUGGUUUGAAUCCAGGCUGUGUCACAUCCGGCCGUGAUUGGGAGUCCUAAUAGGGCGGCGCACAAUUGGCCCAGCGUCGUCCGGGUUUUGGCCUGGGGGGUAGGUCGUCAUUGUAAAUAAUAAUUUGUUCUUUAACUGACUUGCCUAGUUAAAUAAAGAUUAAAUACAAUUUUUUUUUUAUAAACACAAAUAUAAAACAUUAUUGGUGUUAACCUGGAGUAGAGCUUCCAUUUACCACUCAUUUCCUUUCAAGUGAGGAAGUGUGUACUUUGGGAGGAAGAGAAUUGGGACAUAGCCUCAUCCCUACCCAUAUCUACUGUUCUAACCUAAACACAGAUCUAGGAUCAGAUUCCCCGUGCCCCUAGUCUACCCAUAUCUACUGUUCUAACCUAAACACAGAUCUAGGAUCAGAUUUCCCAUGCCCCUAGUCUACCCAUAUCUACUGUUCUAAUCUAAACACAGAUCUAGGAUCAGAUUCCCCAUGCCCCUAGUCUACCCAUAUCUACUGUUCUAAUCUAAACACAGAUCUAGGAUCAGAUUCCCCAUGCCCCUAGUCUACCCAUAUCUACUGUUCUAACCUAAACACAGAUCUAGGAUCAGAUUCCCCAUGCCCCUAGUCUACCCAUAUCUACUGUUCUAAUCUAAACACAGAUCUAGGAUCAGAUUCCCCAUGCCCCUAGUCUACCCAUAUCUACUGUUCUAACUUAAACACAGAUCUAGGAUCAGAUUCCCCAUGCCCCUAGUCUACCCAUAUCUACUGUUCUAACUUAAACACAGAUCUAGGAUCAGAUUCCCCGUGCCCCUAGUCUUAACCUGAACCAUUACGGAGAUCUGACCUCUAUUCAGCGGUUAAAGACAACUUCUACUCAAAACAGAGCAGACGGACCCAUGUGUACGAAAUCCUACAACAACAAAAAAAUGCUGAAUCGAUCGAUUUUCAACUAAUCGCUAAUCAAAUCAAUGAGUUUACAUUCCCACCAUCAACCAAUCAAAUGACCUCCCAACUGUUACUGGGACCAAUAUUGAUCGACUGAUCGAACUGAUCGACUUUCUUACUGUUUAAUGAUCAAUCAGGGUGUUGCUGUUUUAUUUUUAUUGAUUAGGGAUCCCCCAUUAGGGAUUUAGAACUGUUAUGAAAUGUUAGCAUCGUGCUAUUACAACGAGGGAGGCCUCCUUGGUACUGUCACCACCACCACCACCUCACACACCAUGUUAUAUUACUGUCAAACUGUGCCAAAGCAGGGUCAGAGUUCAGGGUCCAGUGUCCUCCGAUUACGGGGAGACACACGGCAGCCAUUUUGUGCCACAGAGCCCAAACAACCCCACACCUCAGAAUAGCAUUCACUGCAACUGGAAACGCACGGACACACCAGGGCUCAUCUCCAAUAGUCUUGUCAACCCGGUCCAACCACACAUCUCUAGAUAUCGCUCUGAGACCAGGGCCCGUUCCCCAUAGUGACCUGCUAUUGACCAGGGAGGGCCCAUUCCCCAUAGUGACCUGCUAUUGACCAGGGCCCAUUCCCCAUAGUGACCUGCUAUUGACCAGGGCCCGUUCCCCAUAGUGACCUGCUAUUGACCAGGGCCCAUUCCCUCUAUAGUGACCUGCUAUUGACCAGGGCCCAUUCUCCAUAGUGACCUGCUAUUGACCAGGGCCCGUUCCCCAUAGUGACCUGCUAUUGACCAGGGAGGGCCCAUUCCCUCUAUAGUGACCUGCUAUUGACCAGGGCCCAUUCUCCAUAGUGACCUGCUAUUGACCAGGGCCCAUUCUCCAUAGUGACCUGCUAUUGACCAGGGCCCGUUCCCCAUAGUGACCUGCUAUUGACCAGGGAGGGCCCAUUCCCUCUAUAGUGACCUGCUAUUGACCAGGGAGGGCCCAUUCCCUCUAUAGUGACCUGCUAUUGACCAGGGAGGGCCCAUUCCCUCUAUAGUGACCUGCUAUAGGGCCCAUUCCCUCUAUAGUGACCUGCUAUAGGGCCCAUUCCCUCUAUAGUGACCUGCUAUAGGGCCCUGGCUCAGUAGAAAGUAGUGCACUGCAUAGGGAAUAGGGUGUGAUUUCAGAUGCUGUCUAGGAAUUAUCUGACCACUGCCAAACAGAGAUGUUGUUGUUUAUACUUGGGUGGUUAGUUAACCAGGGUGGUUAGUUAACCAGGGUGGUUAGUUAGUACUUGGUUAGUUAACCAGGGUGGUUAGUUAGUACUUGGUUAGUUAACCAGGGUGGUUAGUUAGUACUUGGUUAGUUAACCAGGGUGGUUAGUUCGUACUGGUUUAGUUAACCAGGGGAGUUAGUUCGUACUGGUUUAGUUAACCAGGGUGGUUAGUUAGUACUAGGUUAGUUAACCAGGGUGGUUAGUUAGUACUAGGUUAGUUAACUGGUUAUUAGUACCGGGGGACGUGUUCUGUAUCUGUUUAAGAGAGUUCUGAUUAUAUUACCAUGCUGUUAAAUGUGUCAAACUGGAAAAUAAAAGGGAAGGGAUUUUUUCUUUCUUGUGUCAAGAGUGACUGAGGAUGAUGAUGAUGAGGAGGAGGAUGACGAUGAUGAUGAUGAUGAUAGCUGAAUCUUGUUUUGUGUGUCCGCUGAGCUAAAGGCCUUAUCUGAACUUGGGGAGUUAACUCUACUGAAUGAUAAUGAUGAUGAUGAUGAUAGCUGAAUCUUGUUUUGUGUGUCCGCUGAGCUAAAGGCCUUAUCUGAACUUGGGGAGUUAACUCUACUGAAUUAUAAUGAUGAUGAUGAUGAUGAUAGCUGAAUCUUGUUUUGUGUGUCCGCUGAGCUAAAGGCCUUAUCUGAACUUGGGGGAGUUAACUCUACUGAAUUAUGAUGAUGAUGAUGAUGAUGAUGAUAGCUGAAUCUUGUUUUGUGUGGGGAGUUAACUCAAGCCUCUGCUGUCUUACAGGAAACGUACAGAGGUUUGUAACGAUGUAGGGAGAGGGGGUGUGUCUUGUACGUGUAAAUCUGUCUUCUGAUUGGAUAAUAUAAUAUAACUCAACUCAC